GAGGAGGCGGAAGUGACGUCUUAAGCGGGCGCUGAAGUAGGGACCCUUCCUUAGCCCGCGAGUGUGUCGGGGGAGGAAGAAGAGGAUGAAUAGCCGGUUGCAAGAGAUCAGAGAGAGGCAGAAGUUGCGCCGGCAGCUCCUGGCUCAGCAGCUUGGGGCAGAAAGUGCGGAUAGCAUUGGUGCUGUAUUGAAUAGCAAGGAUGAGCAGAGGGAAAUUGCUCAAACAAGAGAAACAUGCAGGGCUGCUUAUGAUACAUCUGCACCAAAUGCAAAACGCAAAUGUGCAAACACAGACGAAGGGGAGGCUGAUGAAGAGGAUGUGGAAGAAUACAAAGAUGAAGUAGAGCUGCAACAAGAUGAGGAGAACCUGCCAUAUGAAGAAGAAAUUUACAAAGAUUCCAGUACUUUCCUUAAGGGGACCCAGAGCUUAAAUCCUCAUAAUGAUUACUGCCAGCACUUUGUGGAUACUGGACACAGACCUCAGAAUUUCAUCAGAGAUGUGGGCUUAGCAGACAGAUUUGAAGAAUAUCCAAAGCUCCGGGAGCUCAUCAGGCUGAAGGAUGAGCUAAUAUCUAAAUCUAACACUCCUCCUAUGUAUUUACAAGCUGACCUAGAGGCUUUUGAUCCCCGGGAACUCAAAUCCACGUUUGAUGUGAUUCUUUUGGAGCCACCACUAGAAGAGUACUACAGGGAGACAGGCAUUACAGCUAAUGAGAAAUGUUGGACUUGGGAUGAUAUUAUGAAGCUAGACAUUGAAGAAAUUGCUGACUUGCGAUCCUUUGUCUUUCUUUGGUGUGGUUCUGGGGAGGGUCUGGAUCUUGGCAGAGUGUGUUUGCGCAAAUGGGGUUUUAGAAGAUGUGAAGAUAUCUGUUGGAUUAAAACCAAUAAAAACAAUCCUGGAAAGACCAAGACUCUGGACCCUAAAGCUGUCUUUCAAAGAACAAAGGAACACUGUCUUAUGGGCAUUAAAGGAACAGUCCGCCGUAGUGUCGAUGGGGACUUUAUCCAUGCGAAUGUUGACAUUGACUUAAUUAUCACAGAAGAGCCAGAAAUUGGCAACAUUGAGAAGCCUGUAGAAAUCUUUCAUAUCAUUGAACAUUUUUGUCUUGGAAGACGACGACUUCAUCUUUUUGGACGGGACAGCACAAUCCGACCAGGCUGGCUGACUGUGGGACCCACACUUACAAACAGUAACUUCAAUGCAGAAACAUACACAUCUUACUUCACGGCUCCAAAUUCCCCUCUAACUGGUUGUACAGAAGAGAUUGAGAGACUUCGACCUAAAUCACCACCACCUAAAGAUCGAGGAGGUGGUGCACCCAGGGGUGGAGGAAGGGGUGGAACUUCAGCUGGCCGAGGGGAAAGGGGCGGCAGAGAGAGGAACCGAACUAAUUUCCGAGGAGAAAGGGGUGGAUUUCGGGGAGGACGCGGAGGCACCCACCGGGGAGGUUUUCCACCUCGCUGAACACUUCUCCAUUGCAUUUUUAGCCUGCCUUAAUGCUGUUAGUUUUCCAUUCUUUAAAAAAUAUAUUAGUUCCAGGUAUUUUUAAUGUGUUCCAAUUGAGACAGCUCAGAUAUGGUACCUCAUUUUACUUGACAAAUAAUUAUCCAUACACUGAGGAUAGAUACUAUUUACUGAGCUUGAAAUCAAAAGAGACUAAUCUCUUAAUCUGCUUUGCAUUUCCCUCUGCUUUUAACUUGGUAUUUAUCAUUAUAUAUGAACAUGGAAUAAAAAUAAACCACUUGCCCUCUCUAGAUUAGUCUUCUCAGUCUGGCAUCCUCUCAGUCAGCUUGAGAAUGAAGGUGAUGGAAGCGGUAAUCCAUGGCUGGACCUUGGGCCCCCAAACCAUUUUUGUGCCCCUGGACUUGCCGAAUAAUACUAAUAAUUUUGGAAGCCUUCAGAAUUGGUGGAAUGGCUUUUGAAGCACUUUCCAGGCUUAUGAUUGGAACAUGCUUAUGUUACAUUAGUUCCUAAGACAGGAUGCAUUGACUGAAAUCCUGUUGCAUAGUUACACACACGAUGUAACUUUUUGAAGGAAUUGCCAUAAGUUAUGAAAUUUUCAUAGACCUUUUUUUGUCGCAUGCCAGUAAUGCAACAUAUCAUGUCUGAGGAGAUAUUCUAAGUUGCAACAGUUUAUUUCCAAAAGUUACACCUUUUGUAUAACUGCAACAGGGUUUCAUUCAAUGUUUUGUGCUUUUUUCUUUAUCUCCCAAAGUUGCCUUAAUUGUUUUAAUUAGAUAAAGAAAUCUUCAAUUGGGAUAUUUUCUUCCUUUUAAAUUGGAUAUUUCUUGGCAUUUCCUAUUACUUAUUUUGAUGGGUAGGGACUGUUUAGGUAUCAGAAAAUCACAAAGCUAUGAUACUGAUCCCUAAAUAAUUCUAAUCAUAGAGACAUGUAAAAGGAAAUAACAGUCUCUAGUUAACAGCAAGUAAAUAUUCUGGUUGAAGACUUCAUCAUCUGUUUUAAACACUUAGGGCACAGAAAUGCAUUUUUGGAGGAAUGGAAAACCGCCAAACCAUAUAUUGUUUUCAUAUAGUAUAUAAUAAGCAUGCUUCACCCUCAGCAAACGCAGGAAGGAAUAUGGGAAGCCAGACCAUUAAUUUUGGCCACUUUUCUCAGGGGCAAACUUUAGUCCCCAGGCUUCCAGUUAGGUCUCUUGGCCUAACUGAGAUCACUGACCCCUCUUGUAGUCCAACACAUUAGGAAGAGUACCAGUUGAGGGAAGAUUACACUGGAUAAUCAGUUCUACUCAGGGAAAUGGCAUGUAGCCCUGGUUCCCAUUACAGUAGUAGAAGAUAGCUGUUCCUAAGAGCAACUUACUUCACACUGCAUUUUAAUUAACUUACAACUUCAAUUGAAUAUUAAUGAUUAUUUUAAAAGAUGACUAAUUUGGGGACUGUAAUGACUCAGAAAGCACACAGAAGCUAUUGUGAAAAUUUGUUUACAAAUCCUGUCUGCAUAACAAUGUAUAAUUUGCAUAACUACCUUUCAGUUGAUAUUCCAAAUAGUGUGUAGGGUGCUACAGCAGGGGGAGAUCAGUCCUUCAGUACUUGGAAAAUGUCUGUCAUGAUGUGCCACAUUCAGUUUUCCAUCUUGUAAAAUGUAGACUUUGACUUGAAAAAGGUUCAAAAUGUUAUAUGUGUGCAAGGAAAACACGGUUAAUUUGGGUGGAAGAAAUUUGGCAUGAUUUUCAUGGAAGCUGUUGGGACUUAAGUGGAAGGCUGGCAAUUCUUGCUGCCUUUGAGGAAGGCUCCAGCAUCAGAACCUUGGUCUCAAGUAUUGGUGAGCCAUCACUGCAGGCAUUUUCAGAAAACGUGGGAUGCAUCAGGCAAUCCAAGCUCAGAUCUGUCUCCAUCCUCAGAGCCAGUGAAUGCAUAGCCCCAAGGGUACGCUUUGAAAAACCACAGAAUUUCACUCUAGACUUUGACUAGAUUGUACUGUAAUUUGGAGAUAGGAAAACAGUAGGAGGAUAAUUCUAAAAUACUGCUCGUAAGGACAAACCUGUUCGCUGCUACCGUAGUGAAACUUUGUUUUCCAUGUAAAUAUUAGGAACAAUAGAGGCUUAUUUUUGCCUCAGCUAAUUUGACUUACGUAGGGCUUUUCUUUUAUUGAAAAGACAGUUAAAAUGGAUCUGUUUUAUUCAGUGGCAUCUGAUCAAAUUUUGGACAUGAUAGUCUCUGGAGCACUCAAGGCUGUUUUAAGAACUGAACAUAUCCAGCUCUUUUGUACUUUGGUUCCGGAAAACCAGCUUUUAAAUGGCAUUUUAAGUGAAAGUUAUGGAAUUUACUGUUUUUGACAAAUACAUUAUUUUUAUUGGAAGUUUGUCUUCAUUUUGAUUCAAAAUCAUUCCUUUAACCAAGUUUGUGCUUGUUGUUUUCUGCCUUCAGCUUUAGAUACUUAACGUUGCCAUUUUCCUGUAUGAAUUUCAUUACUGUUUAUACGUUAAAGGUAUUUUAGUUCUGUAUUGAUGACAAUAAUGGCAGUAAAUUAUAAUUGGUGAGAAGAAUUGUUAUCUUGUGACUAAAUGAUUUGAUGGUAUGUUAUUUGCGUACUAGAAAAAUGUAGAAAUUUUGUGGGUUUUAAAAAUUUUAUUUUGUUGGAACAAUUUGAACAUGCUAAGUGGUUUGGAAUAUAUAGCAGUCUGAGCUAUUUGUUUCAGAGGGAAAUGUCUACAGAAUAUCAUCAUGUAAAACUUUUAAAGUAAUUUUCAUGGAAGGAAUGAAGAGAAUGCAUAUCAUGAAAUAGCUAAUCUGUCUCUAAAAAUAAGUUAGUGUAGUCCAUAGAUGUUAUUCAGAGAACUUCUCAUCAAAUGGGUUUCCAAUUUCAUUUCAAAUUUCUCCCCUCGUUUUCCCUCCACACACUCCUAAUAUUCUAGGCCAUGUAUUAGAAGGAGGAAUAUUCAGCAUAUGACUUUACCUCUUUGCUGUUUUCAGUCUUCAGUACUUGUUCCUUCCGUAACAUACACUGAUGAUUAGAAAAUGUGGAGUAGCAACAGAACUCUGAUCAUUUUUGUGAGGCUAGGUAACUCAGCAUGUGAAAUGACAGUCCUCAUUCCUGCAGUGUUUUAUGAAUAUUUUCCAUGUUCUUUUGUUGCACUAAAACCACAAACCCAAACACUUUUAAAACUAAUACAUUUUAUUUGGCAGGUGGUUUUGUAGACGUAACCCUCCUGGAGGAAUGCAUGCCAAAUAAACUUGUUAGUCUUAAAGGUGCCACUAGACUCUUAUUUUAGGAGCAAUAACUUAAAAUGCUACACUGGGUGGAGACUGGACUUUAUUACCUGCCAGACAUGUUAGAAGUAUGGCAGCUUGCCAGUUUCAAUUGAAAAAUCUCUCAAAUGUCAUAUAAGCAAACUGCAGCCCAUGGAAUCAUGAAGUAUUUUGAAGUGAUCCUUGCUUUUAAACAAGUUGAUAUAUCUCAGGAUGUGUACCUUCUUGACAGAACAGCUUGAUAUUUCUUGCCAUGUAAGUCAUAGAGCUUGCAUCUGGUUCACCUAACAGCAGGCAAUCUUCCAUGCUUCCUGUGCUUUCCACGUGCAGUCUGCAUUUUUUUACAUCUUCAAAUUUUAAAUAUGUAUAUGAAGAAGAAAGAAUUCAUCACCUACAAAUACUAAAACCAAUAGUAAUCUCUAAACUCAAAGUAGAGAUCCUUGGCAUAUGUUUUGGAAGCUGCUCCCUCAAGUGGUGAAAAUCUUCUGCUUGUCACAGCAAAAUAAUUUCCUCUGUUUCCAUGUUCAGCAUUUGGCAUGCUUUAUUUUGAUAUUGGUCAUUAGAAAGUAAACAUGGGCUUGAUGUGCAUAUUUCACAAAAUCAUGUUUUGGAAGAACAAGAUAGUUACACAUUUCCUCCAUGACUAGUUUAAUUCUGUGUGUUCUCUUUUUCUUUUUCUUUUUCUUUUCUUUUUUUGGUAGAGUAUUGGCAGUUUGUGAGUGCCUUCUCUUUAGAUUUCUCAAUCCAGAGGAACAAAUGUCUAUAGUGGUUGUGUAGUUCUCUGUACAUUUCUGUAGGAUGAUAUAGCAUACAAUGUAAUAUACUUUACUGAAUAUAGUUUUGUACCAUUUCCAGCAGGAAAUUCCAGGCAGAUCCAUAAAAAGAUCCUGUUAUGCUUUAACUAGAUUUAUAUGAGAUGUAACUUUAUCUUCAUAGUCAUACCCUCUGCACCUGGACAACUGUAUGUAUGUCAGACUAUUUUGCCAAUAGGGUAGAUAAUGGAGUUUCUUUUAGGAGCAAUCUGCUUUAAACGGUUUCCACCAGUCUAACUGGUGUCAGAGCAAAGAGGGCUGCUUUUAGGUCCUCUUCUUUAUGUACUUUUUUUUUAAAAAGGAAGAGUGGAUGCAGCCAUGUUUUAUUUGUGAACAUAGCAGAUAUUGAGACAAAAUACACAUAUAACUGCACCAUGAAGUCUAGUUUAAUUAUUGGUCAUAAUUACCAUUAAGAGUGAUAUGGGGAAGAGGCACACAUUCUUAACAUUUUAAUUUAUCUGACAUGGAAGCGAUUUCUAAACUGGAUGACUUUGCACCCAUAGCUCUUGGCAGUAAUUUUGCCUUUUAUAGAAGGAGAUCUCUGUGGAUUAAUGUGUUUUACCUUAAUCUAGAGAUUUAUGGCCUAUCAUUACUGAGGUGAUAGGUCUUGUUACUAUAAUAAAAAAUAUAUGUUUCAGCUUAAGUGUUAGGCUAACUUAUGAAAAAUGUAGGUCUGUGUCUUCCAUCACUGUUAGACAUGCAAUGGAUUGUGGAAUGGCUGCUAAACUGCAGUAGACCUGAAAGAAAGCCCUGGUCUUUUCAUUCUUGCAGAGGAGUAAAAUCAUCAUCAUGGAGCAGUUUCUGUUUUUUUUUUCAAAGGGUGUCUCAGUGUGUUGGACACCUUUUUGCCAAUUGAAUAAAAUUGUGAGAAUUUGUUAUAGCCUUUAUAGAUAAAAAAGGAAAAUUAGAAGUCAUCAGAAAAGCAAAGGUGUCAAUUAACAUUCAGAAGAGCAUAUUCAAAUCCUACCCACCUUCAAUAGUGAAGGAGGGGAAAAAUAUUAAACCAGCACUCCCCCCCCCCUGGUUUUUUUCCAGGCUCGCUCUGGUGAACUUGGUCCUGGAUACAUGUGUUUGAAUGUUGAUUGGAGAAUCCUCCCUCCUCAAAUAGUUUAGUGUUGUUUAGUGUAAUAACUGUCUUGCAUAUGGCUGACUGAGAUUUCUUCUGAUUCCCUCCCCCAAAUCACCUUGUGAACAACACUACAUCCUUAGUGUGCCAAUGUUCCCAUGGGUGGGUGCCCUUAAAAUGGUCCAUAAGCUAGUGUAGCACAAUGUGUAUCGGGAGAAAGAAUCCUAACUUAGUCAGUGGUAGGAAUUUUGCUGGUAGUGAGAACUAAGAAACAGAUACUUACGGUUGUGGAGGAUAACAUGAUGAAGCUUAUCAACCCACCAUAUGGCUGGUGCAACACAAUAAUGUAAAGGCAAACUCCAUGUUUGGCAUAAUGAAAAAAGAAA